CAACCCACUCAACCCACGUUGACAACUAAAUAAUCACAUCCUCAAGGGCAUUCAAACAUGGGCUCGAUGGCAAUGAAGAUAAUCCAGAAGAAAUUCCGAUUCCGUCUCCCACCAUCUCUCCCUGCAGAUGCCGCCAUUUACCAAUCUCGCUCUCGCUCUCAUUCUCACGCGCUCACGCUCACUCUCACUUGCAUGUCCUUUUCAUCAUUUAAAGCAUAGCCUGGUUUAGGAUUGGAUCUACCACUGCUGCAGUCUUGCUUUUGGUAAAAUUUAAUCAUAAUCAUAUCUCCCUGCAUUUGCCAAUUCGUCUGGUCUCUUGCACAUUCCUUGGCUUUCCUUCCUGCAGCCUCCUUAAAUAAUAAAGCUCCUCCAAACCCUCCUUGCGCAUUCUUGGAACCGGCGAACAUCUGCUUGUGUUUUCGUAUAUUCAAUCUUUCCAAUUCCAAUUCAACAUCAUCUGAAACGUCUACUUUCUUUCCAAUCGAACUUUCGAAUUUGCGUAUAUCGUCCUUCAAAUAUAAUGGCUGCAAACGGUACAGCUCCCUCUUCUGCCAAUGAAGAGCAGAACAAAUUCUUCGAAGAUUUCGGCGUCUGGAAGGAAGCUCCUAUACUUAUAGGAAGCACCAAAUUUACACCAUUACCAGAUGUUAAGAAUAUCAUGAUUACGGGAGGAGCGGGGUUUAUUGCGUGUUGGCUGGUACGACAUUUGACAUUGACAUACCCCGAUGCUUAUAAUAUUGUUUCUUUCGACAAGUUGGAUUACUGUGCUUCAUUGAACAACACCCGGGCACUCAACGACAAGCGCAAUUUCACCUUCUACCAUGGUGAUAUCACAAACCCAUCGGAAGUUGUAGACUGCUUGGAACGAUACAACAUCGACACAAUCUUUCAUUUCGCAGCACAAUCUCAUGUUGAUUUGAGUUUCGGAAAUUCAUAUGCCUUCACACAUACAAAUGUUUAUGGUACCCACGUUCUUCUCGAGAGUGCCAAAAAGGUUGGGAUCAAAAAGUUCAUUCAUAUCUCUACAGAUGAGGUCUACGGAGAGGUCAAGGAUGAUGAUGAUGAUCUUUUGGAAACCAGCAUUCUGGCACCCACAAACCCAUACGCUGCGAGCAAGGCAGCAGCCGAGAUGCUGGUUCAUUCUUACCAGAAGAGCUUUAAGCUACCUGUGAUGAUUGUACGCAGUAACAAUGUUUACGGUCCACAUCAAUACCCUGAGAAAAUUAUUCCAAAAUUCAGUUGUUUACUCCAACGUGGACAACCAGUUGUAUUACAUGGAGAUGGAACUCCCACCAGAAGAUAUCUUUUCGCUGGUGAUGCAGCUGAUGCAUUUGAUACUAUUCUUCACAAGGGCACAAUUGGACAGAUCUACAACGUUGGCUCAUACGAUGAGAUCUCCAAUUUGACAUUGUGUUCAAAGUUACUCACAUACUUGAACAUCCCCCACAGCACUCAGGAAGAGCUUCAUAAGUGGGUCAAGCAUACUCAGGAUCGACCUUUCAACGAUCAUCGAUACGCAGUCGAUGGAACCAAGCUCAGACAAUUAGGUUGGGAUCAAAAGACCAGCUUCGAGAAUGGAAUGGCGAUCACUGUUGACUGGUAUCAGAGAUUUGGCGAAAGAUGGUGGGGUGAUAUCACCAAGGUGCUUACACCAUUCCCCACAGUUGCUGGUUCGGAAGUGGUGGGUGACGAUAACAAUCCUGUUGAAGAGCUUAGAGAAGAGAUGGUGGUCGACGCUGAUGACAAUAUGAUUUUGGGCAAGAAAAGGAAGUUGAAUGGCGUUCCGGGUGGAGUGGCUCAAGCAGUGGAAGCAUAGGUUAUUUUGGUUAUAGUCUCUGACUCACCUGCACUGCAUUGAUUGCACUUCAGCUUCUUGCUUGGUGGCGUAGAAAAUGGAUUGGUGAUUGAUGAUUUAGGGGGUUGGCUAUCGGACACAAUUUUAGAGCGUGCGUUUUUUAUAUUCCCCAUGGGCAGACCUAGUUGAUUGGUGGUACAUCCAUAGAUGAUGUUGAUGUUAGAGACUUCUUUAUGAAUAUUGGCUUGGGGUUUCUGGUUGGAUUGAAUGGGAUUGGAUUGAUAAGUAUGAAUUAGGAUAUACUUGAUCACAAAAUAAAAAGAUGUCAUUUUUUUUUGGAAGAAUAAUUU